UGUUUUCAAUACCUCGCCACAGAAACUUCAGCCUCUGCUGCUAUAACUCUGCGCUCACACACUUCCACCGGGGCUCGGUGCCAUGUUGGAUUAAGCUCCGUUAACUUGUGUGAUCCGGUCGGUUUUCCUGCAGGAACAAUGAGCUGCUGCACAUCGAGCGAUUAGCGGGUGAGAACAGUUCACUGCAGGGCUGCAGUGUUUGCACUGUGACCUGUGGGCUUGAGCAAAGGCGGCGCAGAGAACACGGGGACGGUGCACGACCAUGGAUUUUGGCAAUGAUGUGGACCUGUCCAACAAUAACAUCACCCCUCUGUGGAAACGACGCUCAGACAAGAAACCCCAGGACUCGGGCAAACUCAAGGCGCGACCCCUCAGCUACCACAUCAGUGGGGUCAUGACCAAGGACUUCCCCUUGGAGGACAACAGGUAUUCCCUGACCUCGGGCCAACCUCCAGAGAGGCUGGCGGCCGCACCUCCGUGUUCGGGCAGUAGCAUUGCAGUGUUGAAGCACAUUCUUAACAAGCCCUCCAGGAAGUCCAGGGUCAUUCGAAGCAUCAGCAUUGGGCACCUCUCGAGCGGACGCUUCUCGCUGUCCAGAUUUAGGUCUGAGGACAGCAAAUCCGCUUCAUUGGACAAUAGAAAGCGUAAUGGAGACUGUGACGAGGGGAAAAGCAGUAAUGAAAAGCGUCUCCUGGACUCCCAGAUAUGCAUCUCCAGUCCUUUCACUCUGAAUUCACAGAAGGACCAGAUAGCGUUUGGGACAAAUUCAUCCUCACCCGAAAGUGACCCUCUCAACUGUUCCUCUCCUGACCUAUCCCAACACACUGCCAACAGCAACUACAACCACCAUGAACUGUGCUCUCUUUCAUCCACGUCCAGCUCCUCUCCCCCUGUCUGCCGCACCCCUACACCUUCCCACAGCUCCACAUCCAGCAUCCCCUCCCUCUCUUCCCUCACCUCCUCGGACCCCCCGACCCCACGCUCCCCAUCACCGGCAGACAGAGGACAUCCAAUCCUUAAACAGUCUUCCGCCUCUCCUGCCCUGUCACAGGACAGCAGGCAUGCCUCUUCCUCCUCGUCCAUCUUAUCCACUUCACCCUCCCUCUCUCCGUCUAUCUCUCCCUCUCCCUCCAUCAUCCUCAGCACCCACAGUCAAGCUGCCCUGAAGAUGGGCACCCAGCAGCUCAUUCCCAAGGGCUUAGCAUCUGAUAGUCGCCAGAGCAAGGUGCCUCCCUCUGCGCAGCAAGGCCAAGGUUUGGCUGGUCUACUGGGGUUGGAUCAUUCCAAGAGAGCCCUGAAAUCCCUCAGUAUGGUGGAGAUUGGACCCUACUUUUCCACCGGCGGGAACCAGGGUGAAGCGGCAGAGGGAGAAAGUGACAGCCCGGGGUCACUCAGGAGAGGCUUGAGGAGUACCUCCUAUAGGAAGGCUGUUGUGACUGGAGAAGACUCUGGGGUAGAUCCUAAGGUGUCCUGGUUGUCCCAUCCUGUUUUCCAAGUGCUAGAUGUGGAUAAUCAAGCCUCACCAAGCAGCCCAGUAACUCCUGGCACUGUAAGCCUCUCCAGCCCUGGAGCAGCCAAACCUGGGUGUCCUAGGACAACUAAGCUUGCCGGUCCUAGGACACCCAUACUAACCAGCCCCAGGUUGUUAAAGCUUGCUAGUCCUGUGACAGAAAAGCCUACAAUUUCUUGGAAAAAUAAGAAUCCAAAUAAGAAGAACGUUUUGACCAAUCAGCGGACAUUUGACAGCGAGGAGGAGGAGCUGUAUCAGAACUACAAGGAGAAGGCCUUGCACAAUGAUUCAGAUGAGGAUGCUGAAUCCAGGGAGCCCAGCUCUGAUAAUGGCAUCGUGGUGCAGUACAGACCCAUACGCACCUCCUGGAGCCAGCUCAGUGUGGUAAAGAAAAAUGGUUUGUCCGACCGGAUGAGUCUGGAAGAACGCAAAAUACAAGAGGCCAUUUUCGAGGUGAUCUCGUCGGAGCACUCCUACCUCCACAGUCUGGAGAUCCUGAUCCGCAUGUUCAAGAACUCUGAGGAGCUCAGCGAGGCCAUGACCAAGACCGAGCGCCACCACCUCUUCUCCAACAUCAGCGACGUCUGUGAGGCUAGCAAGAAAUUCUUUAAGGAACUGGAGGAAAGACACCAGCAGAACAUAGUCAUCGACGACAUCAGCGACAUUGUCUGCAGGCACGCUCAGUCCAACUUUGACCCCUACAUCACGUACUGCUCCAAUGAGGUCUACCAGCAGAGAACCCUGCAGAGGCUGGUGUCCAAGAGCCCGGGCUUUAAGGAGGUGCUGACCCGGAUCGAGAGCCACCCGGACUGCAGGAACCUCCCCAUGAUCUCCUUCCUCAUCCUGCCCAUGCAGAGGAUCACCCGCCUGCCCCUGCUCAUGGAUACAAUUUGUCAGAAGACGCCUAAAGACACUGCGCAGUAUGAAGAGUGUAAGAAGGCCUUACAAGCAGUCAGCAAGGUGGUAAGAAAGUGUAAUGAAGGAGCUCGCACAAUGGAAAGAACAGAGAUGAUGUACACCAUCAACUCUCAGCUGGCGUUCAAGAUUAAGCCGUUCCCCCUGGUCUCCUCCUCCAGGUGGAUGGUGAAGAGAGGGGAGCUGACGGCCUUCGUGGAGGACAACGGCAUCUUCCUCAAGCGGACGCAGCGGCAGCAGGUCUACUUCUUCCUCUUCAACGACGUCCUCAUAGUCACCAGGAAGAAGAGUGAGGAGAGCUACACCGUGAUCGACUACGCGCUGAGGGACCAGAUCUGGGUGGGGUCCUGCCAGCCUGAGGAUGUCAACCUGUCCCCGGUCAGAAGCCACUCCAGCAUGCUCAGCUCCCGGCAGCCCGGCGCCAAUCAUCUCUUCAGUCUGCGCUUCCGCAGCAACCACUCCGGGGAAAAGGUGCCCAUGAUCCUGGGCACGGAGCUGCUAAAUGAGCGCGCUCGAUGGAUCAGCGGUCUGGGCCACAACGUCAACAACAGAAAGAGUGAAGACAGAAUCAACGCCAUGCAGAUGGAGGUGAUCCGGACGUACACAGCCAAGCAGCCGGAUGAGCUGUCGCUGCAGGUGGCCGACGUGGUGCUGCUCUCACAGACGGUAGAAGACGGCUGGUGCGAAGGUGAGCGACUGCGCGACGGAGAGCGGGGGUGGUUCCUCGCCGAGUGCGCCGAGCCCAUCACGUGUCAGGUGACCAUCGAGCGCAACAUGCAGAGGAUGGACCGCCUGCAGGGGCUGGAGACCAACGUGUGAGCCAGCCAGCUGCCUGGACCACAGAGGGCUUCUUUUUUUUUUUUCCCCCCACAGCUGUUGGUGACCCUUUGACACAACAGUGAGCUGCCUUAUGAAGUGGUGAACCCGGACGAAUGAGUUCAGCAACAACACGAGUGACCCGCCCGCUGGGACCAAUGCGCGCGAGCUGUGGGGCUGCUGGGACUAAGAUGAAGCCACAAUUCAGCGGUUCAAAGCAAAGACUGAGUUCAGAGCUAACGCAGAAGAAGGACUGCUUUUCCUUCACUGGUGCUCGGUCCUGGUGUGGGUGGGCUGCUGGGUUUGAUGGUGGGAUCUGUCACAUUCUCUAAUUACCUGGUUGUUUGGGAAACGUCACGCCCACGGCCAAAGUCCCUGAAGUUCUAAACCUUGUUGUUUUUUUUUCCGAACAUAUUUUUAAGGGAUGUGUGAAGUAAUAAUAUAGACAACAGCACCAGUGCUAUCGGACACAAGGUGGGAGAAAUAGAACGAAGAUGACAGCAGCCUGAUGUCUGAGAACGAGGCUCGGGACAUGUAAUCAGGAGCUCUGCCAGUAGCAAUGUAACGGGUUUGUGGAAGUGAUAUCUAUGCAGGAGGGUGAGAUUGGCAGCUCCUAUACAGUGUGUGGAUUCAGUUUCAGAAGUUUGCAAACUCUGCUGACCCCGUUUUGGUUUGAAAAAACCUCGGGGGCUGUGUUGGGUCAGAACGGAGAAGUUUGAAACAACGACCAAGUCACCUCACUGAUUGGUUCCCAUUAGUCGAGACUCCACUACCACCAGUGAAGUCAGAACGUUCUUAAUGAAGUUCGACCCCUCGUAUUUCUUUCCACCACUGUCGUUUCUCAUUCAUAGUAUUUUUUUCUAUAAGUAAGCUACCGACUGCAGAGUAGAACUAUCUGCUUCCUGUUUAAACCGGCCCUUGCUUACCCAGAGUAAGUGAAUGGUCACAUGAUUUGCGUUCCAGUAAUGUUAGUAUGGACAAAGAUAAUUAAUGAUACUGAGGUAAACGCGUAAACCUAGAAGUCCCAACGAUCCUUUAAAUUCAAUCAAGCUGCAGGAAAUUGUAUAAACUUAAAGAUAUUAGUUCUCUAAACAAGCCUGAUUUAUUUUAUCGUGAUCAUUAUUUAUUCCCCUGGAAAUUUGUGGAAAUUUGAGAGGAUCAGCUCAAUGAUCUGGAUCCUCGCAAAAGUUCGACAUCCUUCCACCAAGUUUCAUGGUAAUCGUCUUUAAAAACAAACCAACAAGUGGUCAGGGAUGAGAAAAGAACCUCCUUGUCGGUGGUAACAAAACAUGGUCGUAUGGAUGCAGCCUUUUCAGUGUAGAAACUCCAGAGGGUUUCAGUAGCACCUGAGGGCAAGUGGAACUAUUCCAGUUGUCGGUGUGUGUCGAGAUGCAAAAGACAGGAAUGGACGGUUUGUCUAACGCCAGAGGCACUUUGUGUAAAUAGUCAUUAAUUGGAUAUUAUUGAGAGUUACGGUCUUCUUGGACGGAUGAUUUCAUUUGCACACGUUGUUAAGCAGAGGGGCCAAGUAUCUGUUCUCCACCCUGCUGUUUGUCACCGGUUAAUGUCCCCCUCAUGACUCACACUCCAAGGAUUUGUGUCACAACUGCCACUAGUCUCUCCAUCCACUCUGUGAUUUGUACAGCCUGAAUUAUUACACACACACAAACACUUAAUGCCAGCCAGAGGUGUGUAAAUAAAUAUCCCCCUUCAGGAUUUAUAUGCGUGAUGCUGCAGAGGCAAACUGAAAUUAAUUUGCGUGUGCUGAUGGGAAGAGACGGAGCGGCCCCGGCCCCGGCUUUUAAUUUGAUUGUCCACAGUGAGUCAUCUUUUUUAGUGUCCAGCUGAAGGAAAUAAAAUGGCUCGGUCACUGUGAUGAUAACGGCUUCCGUCAGGCCCCCCCCCCCCCCCCUCUAACCCCGGCCCAAAACGACAGCGACCACGACCGUCGAGCCACGUGAAGCGAGGUAUGGUAGAAGUGGGCGGAGCAGACAGAGCUUUGUAUUUGCACUCAGGGAAAAUUUCCGCUCUGUGAUUCCACGCGUCUCCACAUGAAUUUGUCUUUGCUUCAUUCUUUUCCACUUCUUGUAACUAGUGUAAAUCAACUGUGUACAUGUAAAUAUGUAAAACGGCCUGAAUUGUAACAUGUUUUUCCAAAAUACAGAUUUAUAUUGCAGAAGCUAUCCUAGUCGACCUUAUUAAUAAAAAAAGCUUAAUUGCC